UUAUUGUAUCCAUCCGCUCAGUCGCACUAGUGAAACGCAAGAAAAAAAGCAUACGCUGUAGCCGUAGGUACUGACUGAGACAUUAGACUAGGUAGCUUAGCAAGCGCUGAGAAGCAAUAUAUUAAGGAAUCCUGAACGGAGGUACAGAUCCUGGUUUCGGAGUCCUGUCAGACAAAUCCACAAUGAAGUUUCAGUACAAAGAAGAGCAUCCGUUUGAGAAGAGACGAUCAGAAGGCGAAAAGAUAAGAAAGAAGUACCCGGACAGGGUGCCAGUUAUUGUGGAGAAAGCCCCCAAAGCCAGGAUAGGAGAUUUGGACAAAAAGAAGUAUCUGGUCCCUUCUGACCUUACAGUGGGUCAAUUCUACUUCCUCAUUCGGAAACGAAUCCAUCUGCGAGCUGAGGAUGCCCUUUUCUUCUUUGUUAACAAUGUCAUUCCUCCUACAUCCGCGACCAUGGGCUUGCUAUACCAGGAGCACCAUGAGGAGGACUUCUUCCUCUACAUUGCAUACAGUGACGAGAGCGUCUAUGGUGGGAGCCAGAAGGAAAUCUAAACACCGUCACCCCUAUCCCCAGCUACCCACCUUGCCCCUUCAACCACUCAAAACUAGACUCAGUUUGGCAGCCUAGAAUUCCAGAGAAAAGACAAAUGCACUAUGUCAUCCCCAUGCUUCUGUCACUGUUCCUGCAGUCUGCAUUUUAAAAUAAAUCAGUCCUUGAUACCAUGCUUUUGCCAUUAAGGUUACUUCUAAGGUUUAAAAUGACUAUUUUUGAUUUAAAAAUGCAACAUUAGUUGUAUUACUAUAAGAUUAAUGAUAAUGACAGAACAUUUAAUGAAUAUUAGUGCUGGGUUAAGUUAAAGGUUGCUGUAAAAGGUUAGGUUUACUUAGUCUGUCAUUUGUGGGUUAAAAUGAAAACUUAAAAUCACUUCUGUCCUGAGAAUUUAAUGUCUGUUAUACUAUAAAACUCUCAAGAAUGUGAGAUAUGAGACCUUCAGUGAAAGUAAUUUCGUACAGUUUGCAUAAUUUGAAAUAUGAAACACCAUAGAAAAAAAUUCAGACUGAACAAUCCUUUGUGGUUCUGCUUUCAACCAUAUACAAUUAUAGUUGUACUUAUUUUUAGCUGUCAAUUUCUUAAGCUUAUAUAAAGAGUUAAGUUUAUGUAAAGAUUUGUGCAAGUUUAUACUUUUGUUUUUUGUUUCUUUUUUUUGUUUUGUUUUUUGUUGUUUUAUUUUAGUUUUUUGUUUUGUUUUCGUUAAUCAUAGCUCCGUAUGCAGCUGCGCUUGUGAUCAUAUAAACUUGACAAAAACCCUGGA